AUGGCUGGGUCCCGUAGGAGUCCGGUAUUGAGAGAUCAGUGGAGUGCUGACCCAGACCGCGAUCCCCGUGCUAUGGACAGACGCAGAGGUCGAGGGUCAGGCCGCGAUCGAGGGAGAAGCCGAGGUCGUGAUCGCGGUCGUGGGCAGCGGCCCAAUAAUCGCAAUUUCGAUCGCUCUGGGCGGUCGCCACCACGCGCGUCCCGCUUUGGCCCUGACUCCUCUCACGACCUAGGUGAUUUUGCUCCAGAUCGAUCUCCUCGUGGCUCUCCUGCACCUCCAAACUUCCAUAACAAUCGUCGACCAGACUCAAAUGUACCUGCAUCACCAACUGGUGACUGGAACGCCCAUCCCCCCGGACAUUUCGAAAGACAAGCCCCCGGUCCUCGAAGAGAGGAGUCACCGGGCGGCCCUCCAUCCAAACGGCAAAGAACUCGAAGCCCAUCUCCACGUGGCCGCUGGGGCCCCCUCCCUCCAUCACGUCCAAAUUAUCCCAAGUACGGAGAAGGACGGGACCGAAGUCCCUCAUUCAAGAAGCGAGGUGGCCGCACCCAAGGUCGUGGUGCUCCAAGGCGAAGAUCGCCUCGCAGGGGCCGGGAUCGACGCGGCAGAGACCGCCGUCGCCCAGACAUCCCGCGACCAGGAUCACCAGUUCAUGACCGGGGAUUCCAUCCUUCGCCCGACCGACGGUCCCCUGGGGGUGACAACUAUAGCGACCACGGAUCCCAUUAUCGGUCUAACUCGCGGCACUCUGUACGGUCUGCAAACUCGAGAUUUUCGGCAUCAUCUCGCAGAUCAAGGCGUGAUUCAGCUAUGAACUCAAGCCGACCAAAUCAGGCACUUGGGGACGAUGCUGCUCGAUCCCCAUCUCCAGCGCGCCCCAUUCCGAGCUUUGACUCAGAUAACUUCGGUCCUCCCGGGGAAAAUUCGACUAACGUGCGAGAUGGCUUCCCAAUGCAUGGUGUGCGCUCUGACGUGAAUAACCAGCCACGCCGUCAGCCAUCUCGAUCACAUCUCGAUACCCGACCAUAUCCAACCUCCCCGCAACAUCCAACAGCACCAGGCUCAUACCAUGGCUCGCCACAGCCGACCUCGCCUUACUCCGGCGGCAGAGGAGGCUGGUCUGGUCCGCCGUCGUACCCUGGAACUGGGCAUGCCUCUCCUUAUCGACAGGACAAUUACCCAUCGCAAUCUGGAAACUAUUAUCACAACCAAGGUCAUUUCAAUGGCCCUAGUAACCAUCACUCUCCUUAUGGCGGGCCCCCUCACCGAGGAGGCCACUCUGGUGGUGGUCAUCGAGGAAACUUUUCAAACCAGGGCCCUGACCGCCGGUUUUCUGGUCCCGGCUCUCACACAUAUCACAAUGGACCCCCACAACGCGGCUCGAGAGGACACUUUAAUAAUCUGCAAUGGACUGCAUCUGGAGCCCGAGGCCGUGGGAGACAACACAGCCCUCACCCGGCACACGGCCAUGGAUCCCAAACUCCCAAUCGUCCCGAGACUCACAACGACCCGCAAUCCCCUCGAGAUGAUGAACAUGAUACUUAUUCCCGGCCCCCCAACCGGGAAUUCCACGAAGAUGAGCACCAGACACAAAUCCAAUCCGCGGGCGGAGAUCACCAGUCCAUGCCAAUCCCGACCCGUGAAUCUAAUGAAACGACUCCUGCAAACAAGGGUGGAAAAUUCAGCUUUGCUUUCAAGUCGAAGGCUGCGCCUUCUCCUGCCCCGAAGCCAGUACCUGAUCUCGCUCAGCGUAUGCAACAGGUCCGCGAGCCGGCCCCUCGUGCACCCGAGCGUGCACCCGAACCACCACAACAGCCCCGCAACCGAUUUACCAAUGGACCGUUGCCCAAAUUCAAACCAGAACCAAGAGCCGAUCGCCGCGAUCGGGAUCGUGGACGAAACAGGGACCGCAGAGACUUCCGUGAGCCACAAGAAUUCCGCGAUCCUCGGGACCGAAGAGACGAUCGCCGGUUUGAUCCACGUCGUGAUCGACGACAAGGAGAGCGACCCCCAGACAGGCCUCAAGACUGGCAAGAUCGCCGCCGCGAACCUUCGCCAGAACCGCCAAGAGAAGCACCUCCCAAGCAAAUACGGAUCGUUACUCGCCCCAAACCACGCCCUACGCUUCCAGAGGAAUUUGCCAACGCCGAAUCUGUUUACUACCGAAAGCCAGGCAACGAGUCUGUCAUCGGCGCAGGCACAUACGGCAAAGUGUUCAAAGGAAUCCAUGUCUAUACCCAGCGUAAGGUUGCUCUCAAGAAGAUUCGAAUGGAAGGCGAGAAGGAUGGUUUUCCCGUCACAGCUGUACGAGAAAUCAAGCUGCUCCAGCAUCUCCGAAACCACAAUAUCGUCAGUCUCCUUGAGGUCAUGGUCGAGAAGAAUGAGUGCUUCAUGGUCUUCGAAUAUCUCUCACACGAUCUCACCGGUUUGAUCAACCACCCCACCUUCUCUCUCACUCUUUCCCACAAAAAGGAUCUAGCGAAGCAGAUGUUCGAAGGUCUCAACUAUCUUCACCACCGUGGUGUUCUCCAUCGCGAUAUCAAGGCAGCCAAUAUCCUAAUCAGCAAUCGUGGAUUGCUGAAGUUUGCCGAUUUUGGCCUGGCUCGCUUCUUCUCUAAAAGUCGUCAACUUGACUAUACCAACCGAGUUAUUACUAUCUGGUAUCGGCCCCCUGAGCUUCUCCUGGGUGAAACCCGUUAUGGCCCUGCCGUGGACUUAUGGAGUGCUGCAUGCGUUUGCAUGGAGAUGUUUACUAAGAAGGCUGUUUUCCCCGGCGAGGGUGGCGAACUGAGCCAGAUGGACAAAAUCUAUAAUGCUUUGGGUACUCCCACCAAGACUGAGUGGCCAGACCUUGUGGAGAUGCCCUGGUUCCACCUGAUGCGACCCACUGAACGGAAAAAGCGUGUCUUUGAAGACAUGUACCGUGAUGUGCUGACGCCCAGCGCGAUGGAUCUUAUUUCCUCCAUCUUCCGCUACGACCCUGCCCUCCGACCAAGCGCUGAAGAUGUCCUCAAGCAUCCCUACUUCGUAUCAGAAGAACCAGCUCCUCACCCGCCAAUUGAAUUGGAGCACGUCGAAGGGGACUGGCACGAGUUCGAAUCCAAGGCUCUUCGCAAGGAAGCUCGCCGAGUCGAAUAUCAGAACCAGAAGGAUCGCGACAAGCGCAAAGCCGAGGCUUCCGUUCCCAGCACUGAUCGGGACUCUAAGCGGACCAAGCAAGACUCAAGUGACCUUGCCUCUGUUCCAUGA